GCUCUCCGGAAGUGACUCCCCGGAAGGAGCAUGUCUGCUUUCCUUGUCCUGCCUAACGCGGCGUGCUGAUCCUCCGGCACCAUGCAGUCGGAUGAUGUUAUCUGGAAUACACUAGGAAACAAACAAUUUUGUUCUUUCAAAAUAAGAACCAAGACUCAGGGCUUCUGCAGAAAUGAGUACAGUCUGACUGGGCUGUGCAAUCGGUCAUCUUGUCCUCUGGCAAACAGUCAGUAUGCAACCAUUAAAGAAGAGAAAGGACAGUGCUACCUGUAUAUGAAGGUCAUAGAACGAGCAGCUUUUCCCCGGCGGCUCUGGGAACGGGUCCGACUUAGUAAAAACUAUGAGAAAGCAUUGGAACAAAUAGAUGAAAAUUUAAUUUACUGGCCUCGCUUCAUUCGACACAAAUGUAAGCAGAGGUUUACCAAGAUUACCCAGUACCUGAUUCGAAUUAGAAAACUUACACUGAAGCGCCGGAAGAAACUUGUUCCUUUGAGCAAGAAGGUUGAGCGGAGGGAGAAGAGAAGAGAGGAAAAAGCAUUAAUAGCUGCCCAGCUGGACAACGCCAUUGAGAAGGAAUUACUGGAAAGACUCAAACAAGAAACGUAUGGCGACAUCUACAACUUCCCCAUCCAUGCCUUCGACAAGGCCCUUGAGAAACAGGAAGCAGAGAGUGACUCUGAAGAUGAAGAAGAAGAAGAUGAGGAGGAGGAAGAUGAAGAGGAUGUGGGUAAAAGAGAGUUUGUAGAAGACGAUGAUGUGGAUGAGAGUGACCUGAGUGAUUUUGAGGAUAUGGAUAAACUGGAUGCUGGCAGUGAUGAAGAACAGGAUGAUGACUCCUCCAGUGAAGAAGAAGAAGAGAAGGCCCUUAAGGCCAAACACAAAGGCAAAGCACCCUUAAAAGGACCUUUGCGGAAAAAACGGGCCUAUGUGGAGAUAGAGUAUGAGCAGGAGACAGAACCCACAGCCAAAGCCAAAACCACAUGAGUCUCCUUCAUGUUUUAUCCUGAAAAGUCAACACUUCCAACUGUGCUCCUUUGUGCUAUAUUUCAUACAGUAUUUAUAUUGUUAAUAUAUAUGUCACUCCAGGGAGUGAGUGGAGAAGAGAGCGCCUUACAGUGUAAAGAAUAUAUAUAUAUAUUUGUUGUUUUGUUUUUCGAGACAG